CUACCGUUCCCACUGGACGGGGGAAGGGAAGCUGAGAUUGGAGGGAGAAACAAUCAGAAACUCAGCUCCUGCUCCAGAGUAUAGCAAUGCAAGAACUUUCUUCAUGACCCAUAUCUCUCGGGACAUCUACAGUUGUCAUUCUGGAUGUGUGUUGUUUCAUGGAAAGCUGAAGACAUACAGUACACAACUUUGGUGCAGUUGAAUUAAACUGUCACUGAACUGGUACCUCGUGGUGCAGGAUCUGUCUUGAGUGCCAAAGUAAUGAGAUGUCUUGGAGAGGAAGCGCCCAGCCCUGAAAAGCAAUGCUGUUAUGCAGUGUCUGUGCACCUUUGGUGGGGUUGAGGAGGGGGGUCAAUCAGUGGAGGAGAGAAAGGAGGCAGGUUUCCAGGAAACUUCAAUAUUGAUGGAUAAAUAUGUCUUCCAGUCAGCUCUUGUAGACUGAGACCUACAAAUUCCACUGCACUCAAAGCUGAUAAACUACCAUUAAAAGCCACGCAACCACAGCUAUUACAAGAAAAAGAAGAAUAUGAUGUGCACAACAUGGAUUUCAAUGACAGUUAUGUAUCUAGCUGCUGACUGUGGACAUUAGGAUCUCUAUGUAUGUGAAGAGAAACUUGCACUACAGAAACCAUGGUGGUCCUUGCUUAUGCUCCUCAACCUGUCUUACUUAAUGACUUAAGGAGCCUUUAGAGGCCAGAAUCAGAAACACACUCAACGGCUAACACACGUACAUGCAAUGGAACAAGACAUUGAUACUGCAUCCCACACUGAGGGUCUGAAUGGUUUGUCACUUGAACGUACACCUUUAGAGGAGAUCACCAAUGGACGCUCCAACCAUAAGCCGGUCAUGAAUGGAGUGGUUAUAGGUCAGAAUGGAAGAGACAUGACCAAUGGAAAUGCACAUCUGAGAUCCCUGCCAAUUUCAGCACUGAAGCAGAAUGGUCUUCUUCAGACCCUUGCAACCGGAGGGGACCAAGCCAAGCCUACAGAAGAAAAGGAGAACAUGGAGUUGGAAAAGGCCAGGCAGGAGUGGGAUGCCUUGGAAAACAUCUUACCAGCUCUAUCUGAGGAGUCAGUCCCAACCCCACUCAUCUCCUUCAAUGAAGCUCUGCAGUACUUCCAGACCACAGAUCUUGGGGACUUACUGAAAAACAUCCAACCAACUGUUCGCAGGACUGGUCUGGCUGCAAUCACACAUUUUUUCUUCGGACCACCUCGGCUGCACAGGGAACUCCUGGAGGAGAGGGAUCUUGUCUUUGCCAUUGCACAGUGCCCAGUGGAUAACAGCCAAACGGUUCACAUGCGUGUCCUGCAGACCAUUUAUAAAAGGCUCAUUGGGAGCAGGCUGGACUGCCCUCGCUACGGUUCACACUGGGAGAACAUUGGAUUUCAGGGUACAGACCCAGCCACCGACCUACGUGGCACGGGUUUCCUUGGACUUAUGCAUGCUCUCUACUUUGUCAUGGACCCAGAGAUGCUACCAUUGGCUAGAGAUAUCUACAAGUUAUCACAACACCCUACACAGAACUUUCCAUUCAGUGUGAUGUCAAUCAACAUGACCCGUAUCGCUUUGCAAGUACUAAGAGAGGAGGCCCUGUCAAAGGAGUGCAAUCGUCGCCAGCAGGUGGUUGGUGUGCUGAAUGAGUUUUAUGUUGCCACAUAUCUGCACCUGUACCAAUUGUGGAAGACUCAACAAAAGACCAUUGCUGACUCUGGCUUUGUGCUUAAAGAGGUGGAGGUGUUUGCCAAAAAGAACCCCAAGCAGAUGCUGCGCCGACUAGAGGUCUUCCUGAAAGAGAAGCAGGCAGGUGGAAUCCCCCGGGGGACGUCACCAGACCCUCAGGUUCGACAGCCCUCUCCGAGCCUCGGGGAGCAGGGAGCCAGGGCUGGGACAGCACAGGCCAGCAGGGCAAAGGAGAUGCACUUCACAGGAGUGUGUGAUCUACCACCAGACAUGGAGGGAGAGGCCAGCCUGAUCUAAGUUAGACUCAGUGUAAGAGAGAGAGAGAGAGAGAGGGAGAGAAAGAGAGAGAGUGUGUGUGAGAGAGAGUGAGAGUGUCUUUUACUGUGUGUGUAAAUGGCCCACAAGUCCCCGAUUAAGGGUCUGCUAUCAAACACUUCUACUCCUUCCACUGAUGCUGGGAUGCUGCACUUUGAUCAGAUUAAACUUGGAGACCUUUCAGAGUUAUAUUUGAUUUUUGUUAUAAUUUAUUUUUCAAAUAAAGAACAUUUAACUGUCAUAUAUAUAUAUAUAUAUAUAUAUAUAUAUAUAUAUAUAUAUAUAUAUAUAUAUAUAUACACACAUACACAUAUAAAGGGGUCCUAAGCGUGCAAGAUGUCACAAAAAAAAAAUUACGUGAAUUUUUUGCACUUUUCUGUAGAUGUAGUUGACAAAUCAAUAGCUGCCAAACUUAUUGAACUCUACCUGUCUAGAAGUCCAAAAUUCACACAUUUGUGUUUCAAAGAUCUUUUAGCCGCAAUAUUUUAACAGGGGAAAUCUUUUUUUUUUUUUUCUUUUCCAUGGUCAAGGCUUGACUAGGGCUGUCGCUGUUCAGCCGCUUUCAGACUACAAAGCUUUCUGCACUAUUUACUAUUUACAGUACAUCAGUUUGCACUUGCAGAUUGAUUUAACUGAUUAAACUACAGGACUUGUUAUUGAGGGUCUGGAAGUGGUUGUGAAUGAUCAGAAACUGAGGGUCGUACACUGUCAAAUCUGAUAGGGACUCAGUCUCACAACUGGCCUCCAAAUUGCAUUUUGCCAACAAAACACUCAGGAAAUGAGAUGUAAUCACAUGCAAAACAAGCUAUUUCUUUGAAAGUGGACUACAAGAAGAAAGAACCGGUUGUAAGCUGUUAUUGCAAUUAUUUGUUCAGAACACAAACAGAAAAAGAUAUAAUACAUCAUGGAUAUAAGAUUGUUUUAGUACAUAUGGAAAGCAGGGAUUGUCUAUGACACAGAGAGUUAGAGGUGUGCAAAAACUCUUUUUAAUGAAAAGGUCUCUCGUCAGCUCGUGUUGUGGUACGGCAAGCCGCGUUUUGUUGAAUGUUUACGUCUCAGCCUUGCAUUGCCAUUUUCCCUUCCUCGCAGUGACGUCACCACACGCCAUGCUCUCUGACUGGCUGUUGCUGGUCAGUUAACAGUUCCAGCAACUUUGCAUUCUGUGUCUUGUCUUUCAAUGGUGGCUUAGUGACAUGGCAGCAAGUGUGUGCUGUUUAUACAUAAUGAUUGAGUGACAAGUGGUGACCACCAACGACUCGCAUGCCUAUGACUAAGCGAUGAUCUUGGCAACCAGCUUAUUUGCUUAAAAUCCUGUAGUGUGAAAGCGGCUUAAGGGAAUUUACAAAGCAAUGAUAUUGCAUGGUAGAAGCUGGGUGAUGCAGUAAUAGCGAGGUCUACAAGACGGGUUUGACUGCAGGGAGGAACUAUCACAAUGGUAGCUGUUUCGCCCCUUUCUUCACAGUCAAAGGCCUGCUGUGGUUGUUAGGCAAAGAUGGACACCUGCGUGCCUCAGAAGAUGCCCCUGAACUGAAGCACCAGGGAGAACAACAGCUGCCAGGAGGCUGGCGACUCUAUCUCUGCUCUGAGCCUCCACUGAAGGACUUGGCCAAAGGGCCUUGGGCAUGAUAUAGCCAAGGUCUAGCACACAAGCUUUCCUGCCUCGUGCCUGAUGUGAAGGCUCAAUGCUGUCGUAAAAAAGUGCAAUGUGAUUGUGGCAGUUAGUUCACACUAACAUUUGAUCCAACAACAGCCCUAUGCCUGACAGUCUGUCACACUUCAAGAUACUGCUCAGUUGCAAACAAUGCAUCUGGAGGGCAGCAUGGACGGGGAUAUUAUAAAAUGCCCUUUUAACUUCUGGGAAAAUUAAGAAAGUUUUAAAAGAGUUUUCAAUCGGCAUGUGUGGGACGAGGAAAAUGGAAAGAAAGAAAAACUCAGAAGCUACAGAACCAUUUUGGCAGGGAGUAGAAAUCUUUAGCAGACCGUGUCCUCAGAAACUUGCACAGCAGGAUUUGAAUGCAGCUUGAAAGCUUUGAAAGUCUUAUCAUUUAGCAUUCUCAGAUAGUGAGUGAAAUAUGUGAAUGAUACACAGGAACGGACAUUCAGCCCAGGUGUGUGUGUGUGUGUGUGUGUGUGUGUGUGUGUGUGUGUGUGUGUGUGUGUGUGUGUGUGUGUGUGUGUGUGUGUGUGUGUGUGUGUGUGUGUGUGUGUGUGUGUGUGUGUGUGUGUGUGUGUGUGUGUGUGUGUGUGUGUGUGUGUGUGUGUGUGUGUGUGUGUGUGUGUGAGAUCUGAUGGAGAAGAUCCAGAGUUUCCACUAAUUUUGAGAAAGUUUUUUUUAAAAAGGAUUAAGAAUAAAAGCCCUUUCUUAAGGAACAACUCUCCCUUUAACCAUAACUUUCUUGUUGUGUGUGCCAGCACUUCAAAUUUGAUCAGGCCAACGGAAGUAACUGAAGUUCUUUUUACACUUACUUUUGACCAAAAAAAAGUUCAACCUUUUGGUUUCUCGCAGCUAAAGCAAAGGCUGUGUGUGUGCGUGCGUGUAUGUGUGUGUGUCUUCGUCCUGACUGAAGCCAAAGGUCUGUUAUGAGCUUUCUCUACAUUCCGUUAUAUGGCAUGUGAUUGUAAUAUUUUUUUAAUUGUUAUAUUUUGUUGUUGUGUUUUUUGUUUUAAAUAGUUAGAACUGUAUUCUAGUGUGAGUGUGUAGGUAUGUGAGUGAGUUUGUGUGCGUGCGUGUGUGAUUAAAAUAAUUGAGCUGAUACUGAUGAAGGGAUCCUCUCCUAGGACAUUUAGGAGAUGUAUGGUACAGUAUGCAAUCAUAGCUUGCUCUCUCUGAUAAUCAAAACACUAGUGCUGUGUGAUGAUAGAAUUCGUUUUUAACUUCAGGGUUUGUGCACUUGUGCAAGCGAAUGUGUUUGCGUAUGUAUGUGAGUCAUAUGACAGAAACUGACUACAGAUGGGGUGCUUUCCUUUGCACACGAUAAGCCAGCUUUACUAAGUACUUGAUCCAUCAAGCUGCAGAGAUGGUACUUCAGUCAUUUUUUUAGAAAAAAUGGUACAUAACAUUUGUGAAGUCAAUAUUUAUCCUAAAACAAAAAAUGUGCCGUUUGGUUUUGCUUUUUUUUAAAGCCAGAUGUUGGUUCUGAUCACAGCUGGUUUCAGCAGCUCUGUGGCCUGGAACAGGAAGAGCUCCUCAGCAAAGCUGGUUCGUGCUCUGUGCUCAUGUGAAACAGUCUCCCAUUGUUGUAGUCUCAAUCUGUAGCAUGUUCAGGUAGCACUAGUACUGUAGCAUUCUAUAGCCUCCUCUGCGUAAAGCUUGUUGAUGUCAUGUCUCAGUUACAGUCCGUAGUGUCAAUGAGUGUGCAAACUGUUACUACUAUAGCACAUACAUUUCACAGUUUUCUUGAGCCUCCUUUGCGUAGAUGCAAAUUUAGGUGGCACAGUGUAUGUUUUGAAGACUGUGGGAUAUGAUUGUUGUGUUAUUGAGCUCCACCUUGUCCUCUAAGACGCUGAUGGUAAAUUCUGUGCCUACAUUCAGUGGAGCCAUGUGAGGCAGAGCGCCGGUUGAUCCUCUCGUCCUCUUUUGUCUUUCAUUUGAGCCAUCGUGCCACAGUGAGACCUCCUGCAUUCAUGUAACACAGCAUGUAGUGUUAACAUUACCCAUAGGACAUGCCAGCCUAAUGAACUAUUUCAAUACUCUGUUGUGUACAUUUGAGUUAUUUUAGUUUGAAGUUAAAAGUUAUCCCUCACCACCUUCAUUCUCAAUCAUUAUAACUUCAAGAAUGACCUGAUGUAGUUAUGCCAGUUGUUUGCAAGCAUAUUUAAUAGAUCAGGAAAAUUUGCACGGUUGUAGAUAUUUGUUAAUUAUGUGUCAUGUAUGCAAGAGGAAACGGGCCAUCUUCAACAGCCAUAUUAUAAUGUUCAUUAUCACCCAAAUCAUGGAACAGGCUUGGUGAAGUCCCAUUCCCUAAAACUAAUUGCACCAUUGAUAUGAUCUCAUAUUUAGUUUAAUUACACUUUAAACUGAGGAGCAGUACAGUGUAUGUAAAUCAGGAAGUUUGUAUAUAGAGAUUUAAUGAUUGUAACUGUAUGAUUGUCUGUAGGGCAUUAUACUGAAACACAUUGCAUACCUCAAGACUUAAGACAAAUCUCUCCUUUCUCUCUCUUGAUAUUUGUUUGGCCUCUCAGACUCUUCUCCUUCGUUCCCUGCUAACUUGGCCUUCUCUCACACCAAUUGGACAUGUUAUAUAAUGUGUAUUUACAACCUGAAGCGCAACGUAAUAUAGCAAAACUAACACAUAAGUUGGUCAAUGUAACGUGUAGUCUACUUAUAAAGUAUAUAUACCCGUGCGCGCCAAUGCACUUCUGCAGAUUUUUAAACAAUUCUUUUGAAAACAAAGUUUAAUUGGCUGAAGUUUACUAUGUUGAAAUGGGCUGGCUUUUUGUGGCUUCAGUGAUAGUACAGUAUACUUUUGCUGUGAUUAAGUGUUUGAUGUCAGGAAAACACAAGAGCCCAUCCUGUUUUACAGCGCCAUUCAGUUUAAUAUAUGAUUGUAAAGAUAUAGGCUUGACUAGCUGUCAUAAUGUUGUGUAUGCUUUGAUCUUGAUAGUAUCCAAACAAGGCAUCACGUUUUUUUUUCGUUUUUUUUUUAUUCCCUCCCUCAUAUUAUGAAAAUUUAUAUUUAAUUUCAGCUGGUAAUAGAUCAUAUUCCUUAUGCUUUGAGCAUCAUUUGGGUUUCUUCACUUGGGUAACCUGAACCAAGGGGGGGAAAAAACGGGUUCUUGCAGGAUGUCGGAUGUUCUGAGAGAUGUGGUCUGAACUCCUGCUUUCUGCUGCAGCAGCUCAGCAGAUGUAGUCACUUUUCCCAGUAUCCUGCGCUUUAUAUUAAGGUGUUUUACCUUUGCCAUCUUCAUGUUCCUCAGAGCAUUCUAUGACUGUACCUUGAUUGUAGAAGCCCUAUUUUAUACUGAGAGUUAUUUCAGAAUACAGUAUGUGCUGUUGUACAUUCAAUGUAUUGUAUGGAGAAAGCUAAAUAAAUACUGUUUAAAACCUG